UGAGCUCUUCGGCGAAGCAAUGGCCAAGAAGAAGAAGAACCCGCCGAACCGCCACACGAAGGAGAGCUACGUGAAGCGGCAGGCACGUGCAGAUGCUGCCACUGCACGGGAGGAGGCGUUGGCUGCAAGGGAGGCGACCCUCCAGGAGAGGGAGGCCCGUCUCAGGGCUCAGGAGGAGGAGGAGCGGCAGGAGGAGGAAAGGCGCAAGGUGCGCGUGGCAAAGCGCCGCCACGAGGAGGCCAGGUUCGAGGAGGAGAUGAAGCAGCGGCGGAAGGUUCAGGAGGAGGAACUGAGGCGGCGCCAGCUGCGUGAUCACUGGAAGAAGGAGGAGGUCGAGGAGGAGGAGAAGCAGCGCAGGCGCCGGGAGGAGGCUUUCACUGCGAGGCAGGCUCUGGCAGCAGCGGAAGCCAUGAAGCAGCGAAUCAUUGCUGCGCACAAGCUGGGCAUGAAGCAGCUGCUGCUGGAGCUAGCUGAAAUUCCGCACACGUCUGGGCCAAUUCUUGAGCAGUUUGUUCUGCAUGUGGGCGGUAACAGGGGCGAGGUGCGGAGCACUGCUGUGGGCAUUCUGCUUCUGAUUCCGUCCCGACUGCUCGCCGGCUCGCAGAAGUUCCGUGAUCUGGCUGAGGCUUUGGAGGUGAUCUGCGAGCAGGAGGAUGACCUCGAGAUCUCGGCCAAGGCUGGCAUGAUUCUGCAGGUGGCAGAUGAUGAAGAUGAGCAGGCAGUGCAGGUUGAGGAGCGACUGGCUUUGCCUCGUCCUCGUGAACCUGUUCUGCCGGAGGUGCUCCUCUUUUUGCAAUACCUGGUACUCCAAUAUUCUGGUGACUUAAAGGUUUCCCUUGUCGUCGGCUUGUUCGUGGUGAACAUCUCGCCGUGUGAGGAGACCGACAAGCAGCUGGGUCAUCGCGAUGAAGUGCUAGGUACCUCACAGGCUAAAUCCCCGAAGAAGGCCACUGCCAAACCGCUGACUCCCCAGAAAUCGUCUGCUUCAUCGACUACUCAGAAGCCGGGUUCCUCAGCAACCCCGCCACCGAAGCCGAAAGAGAAUAAGACGACUCCCAAGAGCAGCGGCAAGAUCAGACCUCCUUCCUUGGGCGGCCGGGGAAAGGACACCAAGAAGAGGGCUGCGAGAGGUACAGUGGGCACAUUCGCUGGGCGGAGGUUGCCACCGACCCCUCACGGAGCAGCCCAGUUUGUGAAGAUCCGGGAUGCCUACUACAAAAUGAAGUCUGACAACGGAAAGCCGAGGAUUUCGAUCUCCCAGACGGACUUUUGGCAGAGGAUGUCAGUUGCUGAUGACUUCGAGGUGGCGCUCAACAAGUAUGUCCAGCUGCACUGGAGCAAGUAG